AGGAAGCGGCCUUGUCCACGACAUCAUCACUUGCGAUACCAUUUUUAGCCCUCCUUGGACAAAGAAUACCAAUUCACAACAACCAUGUCUGCAUUGAGGAUAUUAGUGCCCGUCAAGCGGGUUAUUGAUUAUGCUGUCAAGCCCCGAGUGAACAAAGCCCAGACGGGCGUCGAGACCGCAGGAGUCAAGCACAGCAUGAACCCGUUCGACGAGCUCUCGGUCGAGGAGGCGGUGCGGAUCCGCGAGAAGAAGUCGGCCCCCGGCGGCGUCGAGGACAUCUGCGUCAUCUCUGCCGGCCCCUCCAAGGCGCAGGACGUGCUGCGGACGGCGCUGGCGAUGGGAGCGGACCGCGGCGUGCACGUCGAGACCGGGGAGGAGCAGCUGGAGCCGCUCGGCGUGGCCAAGCUGCUGCGCAAGGCGGCCGAGGAGCACAAGAGCAACCUGGUGAUCCUGGGCAAGCAGAGCAUCGACGACGACUCGGCGCAGACGGGCCAGAUGCUCGCCGCGCUGCUGGGCUGGCCUCAGGCGACGCAGGCCAGCAAGGUCGAGUUUGGUGAGGGCGACUCGGUCAGCGUCACGUGUGAGGUCGACGGCGGCGUCGAGACGGUCAAGGCCAAGCUGCCCAUGAUCAUCACCACGGACCUGCGUCUGAACGAGCCGCGGUACGCCAGCCUGCCCAACAUCAUGAAGGCCAAGAAGAAGCCGUUUGAGAAGAAGAAGCUGUCGGACUAUGGCGUCUCGGCCGAGAGCAGGCUCAAGGUCCUCAAGGUUACUGAGCCUCCGCCAAGAAAGGGCGGCGGCAAGGUUGAGGAUGUUGAUGGAUUGAUUGGCAAGCUCAAGGAACUGGGGGCAUUGUAAAAUUGCUUUUGUUUUUGUUUUCUUUGGUGCAAAUACACACAAGACACCACGGGUUGGAUAGACAGCAGAAGUGCAACAAAGCAUUAAAACAAAACAAUGUUAUGAUUCUAAGUCCUUGGCAAA